GGAGAGGAGCUGGGUACUAGUCAAAGCGCCGUGUCCAAGAUGGCGUCGUGUUAUGUGCAAAAGAAUCUUGACGCGUUGAAAAAGCUCCCCAGAGUUGCUCUCAACAAUAUACGGGAUCUUCCGGAAGCUUUUAUUACGCAUCGCCGCAAAGGUAGAGGUCCUGGAUCUGGGCGUGGUAAAACGGCAGGCAGAGGACACAAGGGUCAAGGUCAGCGUGGAACCAAGCCUCGUCUGGGAUUUGAAGGAGGGCAAACCCCAUUUUAUCUCAGAAUACCAAAACAUGGAUUCAAAAAUAAAUUUGAAAAGGUGUAUGAACCUUUAAACCUGAAUAGGCUACAAUAUCUGAUUGAUAGCGGCCGACUCAAUCCAAAGGAACAAAUUACUAUGCAUGAGCUAUGGAAGACAGGAGCAGUUGGCAAGAUCAAAGAUGGAGUCAAGCUACUUGGCACAGGUAAUGAGUGGUUUCAGGCUAAAGUCGACAUAGAAGUCAGUAAAGCUUCCAAGACAGCCAUUGAAGCAAUUGAGCGACAAGGAGGCAAAAUCACAUGUGCACAUUACAAUAAACUUGGACUAAGAGUUCUACUGAAACCUGAAAAAUUUGAGGGAAAGCCUAUUCCUCGUCGAGCUCAUCCCCCAUCAAAAUUGUUGCCAUAUUAUAGCAGUGUUGAGCACCGGGGCUACCUUGCUGAUGCUGAACAGGUUGAGAAAGCUAGAUUAGAAUCAAGAAAGAGCAAAGAGUCUGAAGUUGAUUGAUUAUAAUAAAAUGAACCUUGUUGUGCUUGUAUUGGGUUUAACUGAUCUCUUUUGUUUUGCGAGUGUGGGAAUCAUUCUUCAGAAAUGAAACCUGUUGGAUAUGGUGCUUACAGUAGUAGGGUGAUAGGUAAUUGUCACAGCAAUUUUCUUGCUGCGUUAACACAAGUAUAUACUUUCAUGAUGAAGAGUGGUUUUAAGCAUUAUUUCAACACUUUGAAAACAGUCAAAAUCGAAUAAAGUGGAAUAUUUAAAAUAA